AUGGCACACAUCAACAACAUUGACCCUAACCAAGUCACAGAAUGGGAGCACAACUGGACCCUGAGAUUCCUGGCCAUCCCCUUCAAAAAUAACACGCGGAACCCCUCCAACCACAGUGCCACAGCAGAACUCAUACAAAACAUGGUCAGAGAGGCUACAGGAAUAAGCACACUGAGCGUCGCAGCGCCGGUAAAGUCUUACAAAGUAAUCUUGUCCUACGACUUGCCAAACAUGUUUUUAGUCUACAAGCUUACCCCAGAAGCGAUUACAACAAUGAUUGAAAACAAAAUCUGGGAAACUGAGAAGCUCACCUUCUACGCAAUCCCUCUGGACCCCACCAUCCUGCUCCACCUCUUCGCACUGGGAGGGUUCACGACCAUAGACACAGACAUAGUCCAAGAAGUUAUACGAGACCACUGGAUAAGGGAAACCAUGCUCAAUCAGAUAGCAAGAGUCAUUGAUGCCUUCACUGAAACAACUAGCCCUAUUUCAGAGGAAGACACAAGCAAGUUCAUUGACUCACUAAUGGUUAAACGUGUUGACACCAAAGCAUCUGAGGGAGUCCUCAUGAUUAGAUUUACCAUCUUCACCGAUGGCACCAUCCUCCGAGAAGACACCUACUGGUACAAAAUAUGGGAAAUUCUAAGCAAGAUCUCUUACACCUCCUAUAUAAACGGAACUGGCAUGAUACUUGAAGCGCUGCACUGCAACAUCUGCCAUGUGGUGGACCAUCCAAGAGGACUGUGCCCAUUCCCAAACCUCCCGGGAUAA